UCGCUCGCCAUGGGUUAGCCUAUCGCCGAGAGAGGUCGAACGGACCUCUAUUCACCACGAGCGCCCCGUCUUCGACACAAGUCUUGCCCGCAGCAUCAGGCACCCACUGCUGAGAGACGAUUCCGAAGACUCACGCGUCACAAGCUCCCUCCCAUGUGCACGCAGAGCCUCCCUGUCCCUGUGGCACGACCGCAACUCCGACCUCGAGCCAGCCUCCCCCACUGCAUUUGCCCCUCGACUCUACUAUCAACCACAGUGUUGAAGCCAUGAUGGACACAAUGGACCGUGGAAGCAUAUACGACCACGACAUACCCUCCCUCAGCGCAUCCCUGGAAGCCUUCGAUCCGGAGCGGAGUGUGCACUCAGCCUACAGCGGACGCUCCAACAUGCAUUCGUCGCGAUGGAGCGUACCUCAAGAAGAAGCAGAGUCCGAGGCAGACUCAGACGGACCCUGGGCCCCGCCUGCCUGGCAGAAAUCACAUUCCAGCAACCACUAUUACCGAAAGUCGUUGCUGAGUGAAAGCGCAGCGAGGUCGAGCCAGUCAAGAUCCCCCUACGAGUAUCGCGCCGAUCGAGAGGUUACGCCGUCGCGCAUACCACUGCCAGAGUCGCCUUUGAAACAUACACCGCGGACGAGCCCAGAGCCCUUAUCGGCCGAGGAACAGAGGUACAUGCCGGAUAACAUUGCCUCGAGGAUGCAGAGUCCGUCAGAGGAGCCACAGGCGGAUGCGGGCGCGCAGCAAGGAGACGACAUGGCGCUUUCCCACCAUGAAGAGGCAGGCCAGCUCGACGGAUUCGUUCGCUUUGCCAUUCGAGGCGAAACGCUAUUCCGAACUGCGCCAAUUGAAGAGAUUCUAUCCAUGUUUGCUAGCGGAAUCCAUAUCUUCACGAGGUCAAGAUCAAGCCUUGUAUGGACUAUUGCCACAAUCGUCUUUUCCUGGCUUCUGUUACAGCCCUGGACGGCUGGUCUAAUACCGGACGUUGCCAAUGUCGCAAAUAUGGCAAAGCAGUUUGAACCGCUCAUGUACGCCUCAGAGAACGUGAUCCCGCGGUCGCGUGAGCUUGCAGAGGCCAGCAUUGCGGUACAAGACCUUGGGGAGAGCGUGCGCGCUACCAAUAUGUCGGCGUCGACUGUUAUCAUAGACCAGUUGGACGAUUUAGGCGACAGUUUGAAAGUGCUGUCUGAGAAGAUCACGAGCUUCUUUACGAACGUUGAUGGAGACAUGGACUCCAUCCUCAUCACUAUGGAGUGGGCAAAGCGCGAGAUUCAAUCAAUCCAGGGUCCCAAGAUUGGCAUGAUUGAUACCGUCAUCGGCAACAUCCACGGCGGUCUUGGCAAGAUCGGUCUGCUUGAGCACAAUGGUUCACCCACAGCUAUUGGCCGCGUAGUCAAUGAUGUCCUCGGCCAUACCACGCAGCAGCGGUCAAGAGCCACUCUACAGCGCACAUUCGAUUACCUCCUCUCCACGCUCGAAGAGAACAUUGCGAACGAGCUUGCCCGCGCAGAUGUCCUCUUCCAGCUCUUUGAGAGCGUAGACCGCCAAUUCCACAACCUGCACCGCUCAGUCGCAAAAGAGGAAGACAGUCUCGCAACGAAAAAGGACGAAUUCCUCGCCUCAAUGUGGCGCAUGUCCAUCAACAACAAGAUGAAAAUCAAGAAAUACGAAAAGAACCUCAAGCUCCUCAAAGACGUGCGCGCUUCCACUCUGACGAACAAAUCAGAACUCAAGUCGCACAUCCAGAUCAUCCACUCGGUAAAGGACCAGCUGGAUAAGGCGCGUAAGAACUUGAUCAGCCCGCUGAUCAGAAGGGCGCAGAGUAACAGCUUUGGCCUGGAGCAGCAGCUGAAUGAUUUGACAGGGACAUAUGGGUUCUUGAAGACGUUGAGAGAUGGGCAGAAGAAAAAGGUGCUGCAGCAGCUCUGGGGAGAGCCGAGGAAAAGGGUUGCCAUCACGACUGGCGGGAGGGAAGAGGAAAUCGAAGAGGGCGAGUAUUGAGGCUUCCAAGUUUCUACCUAUGCCGGCCCUGACAGGGUCAUUGUUUUUUUCUUCGCGAAUACUGCAUUGUGGCAUUGCGACUUGGAUAGACAAACGCGGAGCUUGUUGCUCGCUUGCUUGCGGAUUGGAGUAAUAUGGAUUUGGUGUGGC